GACGAGAGCUAUGACUAUCACCAGGAGAUUGCGAGGUCACGCUAUGCAGAUAUGCUCCAUGAUAAAGACAGAAAUGUGAAAUAUUACCAAGGUAUCCGUGCUGCAGUGAGCAGAGUAAAAGAAAGAGGUGAGAAAGCAAUUGUUUUAGACAUAGGGACUGGCACAGGACUCCUGUCUAUGAUGGCAGCUUCGGCAGGUGCAGAUUUCUGUUACGCUGUUGAGGUUUUCAAGCCCAUGGCUAAUGCUGCUGUGAAGAUAGUGGAGAAAAAUGGUUUUAGUGACAAGAUCAAGGUAAUCAACAAGCACUCCACUGAAGUUACAGUUGGGCCAGAUGGAGACAUGCAAUGUCGUGCAAACAUCCUGGUAACAGAAUUAUUUGAUACCGAGCUGAUAGGAGAAGGAGCUCUACCAACCUACGAGCACGCACAUAAGCAUCUUGUACAGGAAGGAUGUGAGGCAGUGCCUCAUAGGGCAACAGUCUAUGUCCAGCUAGUGGAAUCCAAACGAAUGUGGUCCUGGAACAAGCUAUUUCCUGUUCAUGUUGAAGCAGAGGAUGGUGAAAAAAUUAUUGUCUCUCCGUCAGAAAUGGAGAACUGUCCAGGUGUUCCUUCAGUUUGUGAUAUCCAAUUGAAUCAGAUGCCUUCAAGCGACUUCACUAUCCUUAGUGAUGUUGUGACAAUGUUCAGUGUGGAUUUCAGUAAGCCAGUAAGGAGUGCUUCUACAUGCUACAGAGUGCAGCUGGAAACUAUAAAGUCUGGCAAGGCACAAAUUGUACUUUCCUGGUGGGAUAUUGACAUGGAUCCCUCUGGGAAGAUAAAUUGUACAAUGGCUCCGUACUGGGUAAAGCCCACUUCUACUCUCCAGUGGCGAGAUCACUGGAUGCAGUGUGUGUAUUUUCUUCCAAACGAGGAGCCAGUUUUCCAGGGUGAGAACGUGUACCUGACCGCCUAUCGUGAUGAGUAUUCUGUAUGGUAUAAGCUCCAGAAAGCCAGAGAAGAAGAGAAUAAAGCAGAUGUUCAUGUUGAGAGUCCUGUUUGUAGAUGUCAGGCUCAUCUUCUUUGGAAUAGACCACGCUUUGGUGAAUUAAAUGACCAGAACAGAACAUGCCAGUACAUCAAGUCUUUGGUGAAAGUCCUGAAAACAGAUAGCGUUUGCCUCUGCAUCAGUGAUGGCAGUCUGCUGCCUGUGUUGGCUCACUAUCUUGGGGCAAAACAGGUGUUUACAGUAGAAAAUUCUGCUGUGUCCCGUUCUGUUAUGGGAAAAUUCUUAAAAGCAAAUGAUCUUGAGGAUAAAAUUAAAAUACUAGAAGCACGUCCUGAAUCACUGACAUCCUCUGAUUUGGAAGAUAAAAAAAUUUCAGUUCUUCUUGGAGAGCCAUUUUUUACUACAAGCCUGUUGCCAUGGCAUAAUCUGUAUUUCUGGUAUGCUAGGACAGCUGUGACCAUGCAUCUUGCCAACGAUGUCACUGUCCUGCCUCAGUCUGCUUCUUUGCACGUGAUGAUUGUGGAGUUUCAGGAUUUGUGGAGAAUCCGGAGUCCAUGUGGCACCUGUGAGGGUUUUGAUGUCCGCACUAUGGAUGAUAUGAUUAAAAAUUCUCUGAAUUUUAGAGAGUCCAAGGAAGCAGAACCUCACCCUUUGUGGGAAUAUCCUUGCAAAUCCCUCUCAGACCCCCAAGAAGUUUUGACAUUUGACUUCAGAAGGGCAGUACCAGAGCACGGUCUCAGCUCAGAAGGUUCUUUGAACCUUUUACGGAAGGGCAAGAGCCAUGGAGCAGUUCUGUGGAUGGAAUAUCAUCUUACUGCUGAUACCUCUGUUAACACAGGGCUGACACAGAUUUCAAAUGACAAGGGAAACUGUGAAUGGAAUCCCCACUGCAAGCAAGCCGUCUAUUUCUUCAGUUCUGUUAUUGACUCAGAAACUCAAACAGAGCUGCCUAGUGCUGUCGAGUAUGCUAUGAAUUUCAACCCAAAGACAGGAGAAAUUACCAUGGAUUUUAAGCUAUUAUAGAAUACUUGCCUUUUACUCAUGUUCCUAAAUUAUAAUAAACAUACGUGGUAUUCUUUGUAUGGCA